GCUGCUGGGCUUCGAUUGUGAGAAAGCACAUAGCCUUUGCGCGCAUUUCGUAUAAACGGGCCCAUUUAAAGCGAGACACGCGGCAGGAUGAAGGCAUCAUUGAUAUCCGUGAUUUUGUUCAUGGCGUGCGCGAGCGCGGCUCCAUUGGACGCGCAGCAGCAGGUGAUCCCGAUCGUGAGCCAGACGCAGGAGGGCCCGAACCCGGACGGCUCCUACAAAUGGGCCUUCGAGAGCGGCAACGGCAUCAAGGCGAACGAGGAAGGCCAAGUGAAGAACCUCGGCUCGGAGAACGCGGCCAUGCAAGCUCAGGGUGGCUACAGUUACAAAGGCGACGACGGCGUGGACAUCGCGCUCACGUACGUGGCCGACGAGAACGGUUUCCAGCCCCAGGGCGCCCACUUGCCCACACCCCCGCCAAUACCCGAGGCCAUUCAGAGGGCGCUCGAGUGGAACGCCGCGCACCCCGAGCCCGAGGAGAAGAACAAGGUUUAAGGAGGAGGCGGCAGACAUCGUGGAUGACACUUGAUGAUGUCGCUCCCGGUCGGAUCAACAGCGGAUAGCGGGACUUUUCAGCGAUUAUACAUUAUUCUGUUACGCACGUGUUAUUCAUGUACUCGCUAGGUUCGAUCUCACCACAGUCAUGCUUAUUCUUCUCUAUGUACUUAGGAUUGUAAUAUGCGCUCUAGGCUACUGCAACUUUCAUGCGAGCGUGCUCGUGUAAUUGCGUGCUUCUAAGAUGGAUAAGAGAGGAUGGGACCUGUGGAGUCGCGGUGUUUAUCGAGAAUCCGUUGGAGUGAAAUGUGAAUUGGGAUGGAUGGGAGAGGCCGAGGUGGCCUCGGCUACUGCGUCGACCUCGGCUAUUGCGGGACGAAAUAGCUUUUGCUCUUUGUAUCUUUCGAUGGUCCAACGAAUCUUUUGUACCCACAUUAAUUAACUUCGCAUUUCUCCAUUUUCUUUAUGUACACAAUUUUACGACGCAUAAUUUUAUCCUUCGAUUAUAUGAGACACAUUAAAAGAAAAUUAUUUCAAA